GGGCUAAUAAGCAUCGCACUUACUUAAAAGUGCAAAACCCUCCGCCUCUAUCUCCCUCUCCUUUCACUCUUACUUAUCUUCUUCUUCGUCUUAUACCCUACGAAGGAAGAACCCUAAAAAUCGAGAACAAGAUGAAUAGGGAGAAGCUGAUGAAGAUGGCUAACACUGUCCGUACUGGCGGUAAAGGGACAGUUAGAAGAAAGAAGAAGGCUGUUCACAAGACGAACACGACUGAUGACAAGAAGCUCCAGAGCACUCUUAAGAGAGUUGGAGUCAAUUCUAUCCCCGGCAUUGAAGAAGUUAACAUCUUUAAGGAUGAUGUAGUUAUUCAGUUCAUUAACCCUAAGGUUCAAGCUUCGGUUGCUGCUAACACAUGGGCUGUGAGCGGUACACCUCAGACCAAAAAGUUGCAAGACAUACUUCCUCAGAUUAUCAGCCAACUUGGAACUGAUAACUUGGACAAUCUGAAGAAGCUAGCAGAGCAGUUCCAGAAACAGGCACCAGGUGGAGGAGCUGAUGUUCCAGCAACUAUCCAAGAAGAGGACGACGACGAUGAUGUCCCAGAACUUGUAGCGGGAGAGACUUUCGAGACUCCUGCUGCUGAAGAAGCUGCUAAAGCUACUGCCCCUUAAGUGAAGUGUUUGUCACUCUGGUUCUUGUUUUCUCAAAUCUUUGCGAACAGAAAGACUUGGUUUUAUUAUCACAUGAUGAUUGCUUUUUGUCCGAACAGCAGUGAUCAAAUGAGUUCUAUGUUCGGUCUUUCAGUCAACUCUUGCAACACAGCUUCCUGACUA